AUGGUUGAUGCUGUUCAAUGCUUUGAUUGGAAGGCUGGUGCAGAUGGACAUGGGGCUAAGUUGAUAUGCAAUCUAGCCAGACAUGUCCUUGAGCAUGGUGUUGAUGCAGCAAUUUUCACAUUACAAAAUAGAUGCAGGAAAACUCUAUGGCAGGGGAUCACACCUGGAUCUGGAAAACGUCAACUAAUGGAUGGCAGGCUUGAAUUAAGACCAGCAACACUUGCAGAGUUUACCCUUGAUAGCCCUGUAGAUUUUUAUGAUGUUAGCCUAGUUGAUAGAUACAACAUGCUAGAGUCAAUAUUCCCUUCUGGCAGGUCUGGUGAGUGCAAGGCAGUCACAUGUGUUUCAGACUUGAAUCAGAGAUGCCCCAAGGACCUGCAAGUUCUAAGGAAUGGUAUUGUUGUGGCUUGUAACAGUGCAUGCAUGGCAUUCAACAAGCCUGAGUACUGCUGCUCUGGCGCCUACAGUACUCCUGAGACCUCCAAGCCAACAGAGUAUUCUAAAGUGUUCAAGGCUUCUUGUCCUACAUCUUAUAGCUAG